CAAAGAGUUGUGCAGCAAGAGAAGAGCGCAGCAAAGGAAGCAGCAGGAGAACUCAAAACAAAGCAACAACACAGCAUCCUAAACAACAACAACAGCAACAUGUCAGACGGCAUUGAAGUUGAACAAAUCGUUGAGAGCAAGCCGCGAAGGAUGCCCAUGGCUACGUCACUGGAUAAGGAUGCCAUACGCGAGGCGUAUGAGGAUGUGCGCAGCGAUCUCACAGAUACGGAGUGGUCGGUGUUCAAGUUUGAUGGCGCGCAAAUCGUUGUGCAUGCCCGUGGCCAAUGCUUCGAUGAGUUCCGUCAGCAGUUUGGGGAUUCGGAGCGCGCCUUUGGCUACAUACGCAUACAGAUGGGCGAUGAGAUGUCCAAGCGCAAGAAGUUCAUAUUUCUGACGUGGAUUGGCCAAGAGGUUGGCGUCAUACAGCGUGCCAAAAUGUCCACGGACAAGGCGAUCAUCAAGGAUGUGCUCAAUAACUUUGCCGUUGAGCUGCAAGCGGGCGUGGAGGCCGAACUGGACAUUGAGCUCUUCCGCGAGGCUCUCAAUCGCGCCGGCGGAGCCAACUAUGGCACUGGCAUUCGCGACAACUGAGCGCAUGUUCCAAUUGCUGCUUAACACUAUUAUUUUUAUAAACAAUUUUUUUUUGUGCACCUUCUCUUCAAUUGCUGACCUUAAACCUGCUACUACAAUCCUUCUCUUUUUUUACUUAAUUAUUAUGAAUUAAU